AUGCCUGAAGGUGUUAAGCGCGAAUUUCUAGAACUUGAGAAUAAUGAGGAAUCAUUUAUGUCACAUAAAAUCGGAGAGCCAAACAGUGAUUUCUCAAAAAAAUCCACUGAAAUAUCACAAAAUGAUAAAUCCAACGAGAGCAAUAAAAAACCUAAAACUUUUCCUUUGAAUCCUCCUACUUUGUUGGACUCAAAGAUAAACGAGUUCUUACCGAAAAUCGCUGAAGGGAACAAACGGCUUGCUACUAAAGAGCCAACGAGCGUCAAUAUUGAACAUGUCGAGGAUGGUACUGAAAAUGUCAUCGAAUGGGUAUAUAAGCACAGGAUCGGCGUGUUUGAGCAUAAAGAGUCGGAAGGCAUCGUGAUGGGUAAAGGUGGUGGAAAUGAUACAACGCUGAAGAAAGAUUCCAUUGUGAUGCUGGAUUCGCAACCAACCACC